AGAUGGAUGGAUAGUGUUCUCUUAUCUUUUUAUGAUCCAUUCCACACCUUCGUUAAUUAGUUUGGCCUUCAAAGGCAUUACGAGGUUCUGCAAUUCGACAGGCAAGUGGUGGAGUUUCGCCUGCUUCAUCGAGGGAAAUAAAAAUAAAAUGCACGAUUAUAAAGUGCGAACGUCAUGUAUAGUCUCGGUAUUUUUAUCAAUACGUGACUCAAUACAUGUAUCAAUAUUAUUUAUUACCCUUCUAUAAAAACUAUUUAUCACACAGAUUUGCUUCUGGCGAUUACCUGAAGAUCAUGAUGAGUACCCUGAUGGCUUUACAUGUCCAAACUCAACAUACAAGAUUUUAGACGACAGAAAUGUGACCAUCAGUUGCAAGCCUUGCCUAGAAUGUCCUUUGGGGCAACAGCUUCUACUGCCAUGUGGCAGCACAACACAAUCAGAAACCUCUAUAGCGUGUAGGAAAUGUCCACCAGACACUUAUAAAGAAAGCCAGGGUAAAGGCAAGUGUAAACCAUGCCAAACCUGUGGACUCAGAGAGACCAUCAGCCAGUGCACACCAGAGAAGAAUACACAAUGUGGCGAAUGUCCUCGGGGAUACUAUCAAGAAGACUAUACGUUGGAUUCGUGUAAGAGGUGUUCUACGUGUUGUGGGGUCAGGCGCUUUGCUGAGUUAGAAUGCAUUUACCUGAAACAAUGCGUAAGAAAAAACUGCACCCUGCAACUGAAAAUCAAGGAGAGCAGUGUCCUAAAGUCGGAGGAUUUUGCCAAACUGUUUGCAACGGAAUCAACUGGACCUGAAAGAGCAAUGACACAACGAAGUGCUUCUCAAAGUGAUAAUCCAACACAUGCAAGAAAUUGGGUAUUGGAGAACAUAGUACCCCAGUUAAAGAAAUCUAAAUCUAAAAGAGAGGUUAACGUGAAAAUGCAAAGAUAUGGUGGCAAAAAUGCUUCUCAGGUAGUCGAGGAAGGAACUACUUACGCUGUUAAAGGGAAUAAUUCAAAUCCCGCUACCAUAGCCUCUGUUGAAAACAGUGUGGCCGGCAGUUUGGUAACUCUUCAAAGCAAACUGCAGGAGAGUUUUGGAACUACUUUAAAUGAUUCUGUCAGGGAGCCAACAUUGCAAUCGACAUCAAGCAAUUCUGGUAAAGAAAAUAAGCUACUGACCAUUCUAAUUGUACUCGUAGCCGGAUUCGUGGGCAUUGCAAUUAUCCUGGUUUUAAUUGGAGUGAUUAUAUUAUUGAGGAUGCAGUCUGGGCAUUUUCCAGGAAGUGGUUGUACUAUUACAUGUUGUGCAAAAUAUAUAUCAAUAGAUGGCGACGAAUACCGACCAUUCCUUCGUGACAGAUCUCUGACAGAUUCUGAUUGUCAAGAAAUCACUCACAUCAGUGACAGUGGGGUUGACAACUCCUCUGAGAAAAGUACAGAUACUGGUGACCUUGAAAGUCUUCCUUUGUCUGAGUUACCUCCAACCCUUGAAAACAUACUUAUAAAGACACUAGAUUUGCGCCACAAAGGUGAAUAUGGGUGGAAAAAAUUGGGAAAGGCUUUUGGAAUUAACAACGUUGAACUAGAGUACCUGGAAACUGCGUACAAAAGGAGUGUAGAAAGUCCUACGAAAGAACUGUUGGAAAUACUAAAUACGAGUCAUCGUGGAACUGUUGGUGACCUACUAAACAAAUUAAAAGGUUCACAUGUAAACCAACCAGCUGUUGCUCUGCUAAUAUGUGAGAAAUGGCAAGAAAUUAAAUAUGUUCAGGCCAGGAAAUAACUUUAGUAGAGCAGAUAUUUGCGUUGCACCACUAGGCUUAAAUCGUAGAAUGGUAUGAAUGAUAAGUGUGUUAAAUAAAUCUUACAAUAAUAUAAAAAGCAUAGAUGUUGGAAGAUGCUGGUUCAGACGUAAAUGUUAUUAUCAGACAUAAAUGUUAUUAUAAAACAUGUAAAAUUCACUUCUAGUUUCCAAUAUGUAAUAUUGUUUUACAUAUCAUUUACAAAGGAAACCUUAUUUAAUUAUUUUAUCACGGCAAGGUAUUUUUUCUUCCAGGGGAUGCCUCAAAUCAAAGAGAUAAUUUACCUUGACACCAUAUACAUCAAAUUCAAACUAUACCAUCAGAAACUCGUUGUGUGUGUAUAUAUUUCUCUGAGGUGCACAAUUUUGACAAGGGUGCACGAGACAAUUAUUAAAGGACAACUGGUGUAUCAAAGUUUGUGUUACCAAUGGUGACUACUAUUUUACGAGUAUUAGUGUAAUGUUUCUAAGAGAGAAAUGUAGACGUACAUGCAAAAUUCUUUAAAAUGCUGUAAGAAGUACUCAGUAACAGACCUGUAUGUACAAAUGGACUAGUUUAAGAAACGUUAUUGGGUAAUAGAAUUGUAGAAUUAUUGGACUGCUUAAAUUGUAAAAACCCAAGAUAUUAAUUUUUAACCACAUUUUACACUUUUAUAACAAAUUCACGUAAACAGGCCAUUAAUGUACGUGCCUAAGAAACUGACCAUCUUAGUACGAGAAAAGAAAUUAUACAUACUCAAAAAAGGACAAAAAAAAAAAAACUGGAAUAGAAUGAAAUGACUGGAAUUAAUGUAUAUAUAUAAAUUGUAGCACAGAAUAUGAAUAAUUUUUAUACUUGAAAAAUUUUAAAUUCUUUUAGAAAUAGUGUAACAGAAUCUAACUUGACGUUUAAAAAAGAAAUAAGACAUUUGAUCGCGUCAUCUGAAAUUAACAUAAUAAUUACAAUGCAUAAUAUUAGACAGGAGUUUAAUUCUUGCCGUAAGUUCACCCUAAUGAGCACAAAACAAGAAAUGUGUGUGCUGAUUAUACAUUUUAAAAGCCUAUUUGAUUAAUAGGUUUAUUUAACGACUGUUGUUAACAUACAUGUACAUGUUAUAGCUACAUGUAUAGUGUUAUAAGGCAGGUUCGAACAAUAAAUGAACAGUGCUUGCUUGCUCACUGUAAAUAGUGACAGUUGCAUUGAUAAUUGACAGAAAGUCACCACAGUUACAACAAAUUAGUUCACUAGUUUAGUAGCUCAUUAGUUCACAUAGCUUCAAUUUUGCUUUCACCGGGAAGCAAUUAGCACUCACAGGUGAUGCUAUAGGGAUGACAAUUAGAUUUAAGUUACAUCACAAGAGGUAUUAAACAGAUCUCAGAAAACUUAAUAACCACCUUUUUGCAUAACACAGCAAAUACCUUAUAUAUAUUUUAUACACCAUUAUAAAUAUAGAUAGGUCAUGCUUUAUUACAGUGUAAUACAAGGCUUAGGCUUUUUUAUUUGCUAAUUGAUACUCUUAAGCCGAAGGUUCCCCUCUGGAAAGGUGUCCUAUAUUUAAAUGUAAGCCAUAAAAAUAAUAUCUAGCCAAGUGUUUUGUUUGAUGUAAAUCCAAGAAACGUUUGUGAGCAUAUACCUUGUUAAGAAAUACUUACUAGAGUAAUAAGUUUACCUUUGUAAUAUACUUUUUCUAAUACUAUUCAAGUUAGGAUAAAUAUUUUUUUUAUGUACCAAUGUAUGUGAAAUUAUGUUUCUGAAGAAUAAAUUAAAAAUAAAUGCACUUACAAUUAUUUAGCAAAGCUAGAGCCUGCUUACUCAGCUUAGUAAUAUAACAUACAAAAAGUGCACCUUUACAAUGUACAGCUUUCUGUAUCAGAAAUUUACUACAAUCAUCACAUUGAACCUUAGGAAGAACGCUUACACUAGUUAAAAUAUUAACAUUGUUGCUUGAUAAUAUCACUGCUUUUUGAGUUGUGCAUCAAUGCUUCUUGACAAGUUUGGAAUCAUAAGUAUAAAGUAGGCUGAGAAUUUCUGGACCGAAUGGAGGGGAAAAAACUAUUAUUUUAUAAUAAAUUCUUAAGGAUGUUCUUCCUGGGCGGAUUUUAAUUUUACAGUUUGUAUCAAAGGUGACUAAGGUUAAACAAUUGAUAUAGUAUUAAAAAAUUCAAAGAGCAAUAAACUUGACUUAGAAUUCUCAA